AUGUCGGUCUCCCUGACGCACCUGGUGCUUCCCGCCAGCGCAGGUCUCCGCCAGCUGAGCAGCCCACGGUACAAGUUCAACUUCAUUGCCGACGUGGUGGAGAAGAUCGCGCCGGCCGUGGUCCACAUCGAGCUUUUCCUGAGACACCCUCUGUUUGGCCGCAACGUGCCACUGUCCAGCGGGUCGGGCUUCAUCAUGUCCGAGGCUGGCUUGAUCGUCACCAACGCCCACGUGGUGUCCAGCACCAACGCCGUCUCCGGUCGGCAGCAGCUCAAGGUGCAGCUGCAGAACGGGGACUCCUACGAGGCCACCAUCAAGGACAUCGACAAGAAGUCCGACAUCGCCACCAUCAAGAUCCACCCCAAAAAAAAGCUUCCCAUGCUGCUGCUGGGUCAGUCGGCCGACCUGCGGCCGGGAGAGUUCGUGGUGGCCAUCGGCAGCCCCUUUGCCCUGCAGAACACCGUGACCACUGGCAUCGUCAGCACGGCCCAGCGGGACGGCAAGGAGCUGGGCCUCCAGGACUCGGACAUGGACUACAUCCAGACGGACGCCAUCAUCAACUACGGGAACUCCGGGGGACCGCUGGUGAACCUGGACGGCGAGGUCAUCGGCAUCAACACGCUCAAGGUCACGGCGGGCAUCUCCUUCGCCAUCCCCUCGGACCGCAUCACACGCUUCCUCACCGAGUUCCAAGACAAGCCUGUCAAAGACUGGAAGAAGCGCUUCAUCGGCAUACGGAUGCGAACCAUCACGCCAAGCCUGGUGGAUGAGUUGAAGGCCAGCAACCCAGACUUCCCGGCGGUCAGCAGCGGCAUUUACGUGCAAGAGGUUGUGCCGAAUUCCCCUUCUCAGAGAGGCGGCAUCCAAGACGGCGACAUCAUCGUCAAGGUCAACGGGCGUCCUCUGGCGGACUCGAGCGAGCUGCAGGAGGCCAUCCUGACCGAGUCCCCGCUCUUGCUGGAGGUGCGGCGGGGAAACGACGACCUCCUCUUCAGCAUCGCGCCCGAGGUGGUCGUGUGAGGGGGCUCCCUUCCUCCAGUGCUGAGCGCCAGAGCCAGGGGACGGCGGGAGUGCCGCCUCCCCAGUCAGGACGAAGGACCAGCAUCGGUCCUCAGCGGGACCAGCAGCCUCCUCCUGGGCCACCCAGGGGCAGAGCCGGAGGCCGGGCUUGGCCAGGGGUCUGAAUCUCUGCCUUGGGGGAAGCGUUGGAUCUGCAUCCCAGUGCCAGGAGGGAAGCCCAAUGUCUCCUUGGAGAGAUGCUCGUGAAGGUCACUUCCAAGUUCUUGGGAUGGCUAGGAAACUCCUGGAGUCCCUGGAAGUCCCCUCCCCUCCCAGCUUCCCGCCUCUGCACCUGUGGACACCUGUCUGCCAUGGCCACCUGUUUCCACCCCCUCCCUUCCCCCACCUUUGUCAGGCCCCAGCUGCCAAAACCCCUCCUCCCCCACUACCAUCCCCCUGACCUUCAGCCCUGGCUUCCCUUGCCCACAGGACCCACCACAUGGUAGGGCCAGGGCUGCCUGCCCGCCAACCUGCGGUCCCUAAAGGACAGGCCACCUCUGACUCCUUAGGAGUCUGGUCCAUUGCAGGCACUGAGCCAGUGUCCCCGGCCGCCCAGCUGAGCCCUACCCUGGCACUGGGGUCCGCCCCCCCAGGAGGCCGGCAGGGAGUAGGCAUGGCUCCCCAACGCAGAGGGUCAGCCUGCUGCCCGGAGAGGUCAGUCCUGCCCGAGGUGACCCCGGGGCGACCCACACGGGAGGCGGACCGGCCAGGGUGCAAGGACUGAGCCACUGCCCCGCCCCUGCAGCUCUGGAUGGUGCAGCCGUUCUCCUGGGAGCGCGGCCAGGGCCAGUGGCUCUCGUGGACUCUCGUCUCUCAUCUGGGGAACACGAGUGUCUCCGGGAGUAUCUGUGAGCUUUGCUGUAAAACGAUUCCCAGUGUUGCUUGUACUGUAUGUUUCUCUACUGUAUGGAAAUUAAAGUUUACAAGCACAAAG